AUGAAGCUGUACGUAAGGAUACUGGUGUUAGCGGUGGCAUGCUUCGUUAUCAAUGUAGAUUCAUCACAAGAAAUUAUGAAGAAUUUGUCUUUAAAUUUUGGUAAAGCUUUGGAAAGCUGUAAGAAAGACCUGGAUCUCCCAGACGAAGUUUCAGCAGACUUUGCCAACUUUUGGAAAGAUGGCUACCAACUUAGCAACAGGCUCACUGGCUGUGCUAUCAUGUGCAUGUCUAAAAAACUGGACCUCUUGGACCCUGAGGGAAAGAUGCACCACGGCAACACCAUGGAAUUCGCAAAGAAGCAUGGGGCUGGUUAG